CCAAAAAAUAUAAUUAAAUAUAUGGAUUGCUUAUGCAAGCAGUUUAUACCUAUCUUGUUCUACUAUAGUUGCCACGUUUUCUUUUCGGAAUGAUCGCCUUUGAUAUCGCCACCGAAUGACAUUAUUUCUCGAGUGUAGUUAUAGUGCUUAGAAUAUAGUACAUUCUAGGCACUAUAGUGUAGCACCUCCGCGGGCGAAUGACAUUCGUUGCACCGAAUGCCAUUCGAUUCGAAUGACAUUAAAACUCCCAGUGUGACAGGGGUAGUACAAAAGCAAAGUUCACAAUAGGGGGCCACAAAAUUUGGUUGUGAGAAUUCAUAAUGGUUUUCUUCUCUUUUUUUUCUUUUUUAACCUAGGUAGGACAUUAGGCAGUAUAAUAGCAAGAGCUUGGUGGCGCAACCCACCGCCCCGUUCCAAAGGGGACGCUCAUAGCAUCCAUCCAUCCGUGGUCAAUUCACCACCAUUGAGUGCCGCACCCACUAAAGGGCACGACAGUGACUAGAGUCGUUGUCUAUAGUGUUCUUUUUCUUCUUGGCCGAUCCCCCGUAGUGGGUAGGAACCAUCGUUUGAAAUCAAGAACAAGAGCAUGUCGAGCAAGAGCAGCAACGUCUCCAUCAGCCAGGAGGACCCCAGCGAAGGCAGCGCGGCCAUCGCGCCAUCGGAGGAAGGUUCCGGCGAAGAGGCCGGUGUCGUCGACGAGUACCUGCGCCAGGUGUUGAGCCUGGACCCCGACGCGAUGGAGCAGCUGUCCGCUCUCGACCAGGAGGGAACCCGAGCGCCCACCAACAGCGUCACCAGCGUCGGGGCACGGACGCCCGACGCUCGUACAGCGUCGGUCGAAACGUUGCGUCCCAGCCUCGAUUCCAACGCCGUGUGGGCCAAGGACCGGUCGCAGCAGGCGACGGCGGAAGUCGACCACAAGGCCACCGACGGCAGCUUUUCGGAGGCGGCGACCAACGAGUGACGGCGCUUCGUUCCUGACCUCGUGCUACGCUCAAGGACCCCGCCUGGAAACGUAUUGCCCGCUCAGGUCGAAGCCAGCCACCGCAGGCUCAUGCAUUUGUCUCACCUUGACCUUGAACAUAUGGCUCCUGUUUCCUCUUGCAGAGUUGUGAGCCGUACCAAAGCGCGAACUUGGGGUUGGUUUUUCUCAUCACUUUUACUCCGAACCUUCUCCAAGUCAACUUUCGCUAUACAGCCGACGUUGGGGACUGCAUUCCACGCUGCAAGGCCAAAAUGUUCCGUGCAUGCGUUCAAGGCGUCUAGUUCGCAAAAAUAAAGAUUGUGCG